GUUCACGACAUGACUCCAUCCAACGGCUGCUUGUUUUUAUUGUAAACAUACAUAUUUCUUUUUUGUGAUUUCUCUUAUUACCAUGGAUUUCGCUAACAUUUACGUUUCAUUCGCCUUAGUUACAGUUUGCACGUGCAUUCCUUUGCCCGGUUUAGAAGAAUUAUCGUCUGCUCCUAAUCAAGGGGAACCAGUAACGCUUACUGACUCGGCCAUUCAAAACUUCAUCAAAGGUGGCGCUGAUUUUAAUACAAUGGUAAAUUCACAGAAACCACGAACUGAAGGCAAACAAAAAACAGCUACCAAGAUGGCGGUCACUCCAGAUUCAACUGCCGUCUUGACUAUGUUGGAAAAUAUGAAUGGAAUUCAACUCUUGCAAUUAUUAAGCAAAGCAUUAAGACCGCAAAAGGUAGUGCAAACUGUUUCUAACAACAUGAUCAAACCCUCCGAAAUAACAAAUAUACGGCCAUCAUAUGAAGCAGCGAGAGACAAGCAAGAUAGUCACCAGGUACCACCUCUGAAAUCAGGCUCGUCUGGAAUGGCGUCACCAAUGGGAACAACGAGUAGACCAGUACAUGAAGAAAAUAAUUCAAAUGUUGAACUCCAAGGACUCCCUGAUUCUGGUCGACAAAACACACACAUGAAAACUCUACCGUCUACAGACGGUACGGUGUUAGCAAACAUUGGUUAUGAGAAUACGGAUAAAAAUCAAGUCUUACAGACAUCUGGAACAAAUCAUCUAAUUCCAUCAAAUCCGCCAAAUACAAAUGAAGUGGAUUUUAAUCAUGGUACUGAACAAACAAACUCAGGUGUCAUGGGCGGCCAGACUUUACAUACCAGCAACAACAUUGGUAUGUUUAACUCGGCUCAACUCUAUACGAACCCUAUGUCCAUGUUGGCGGCAGGAAUGGGUUCUGCGGGCGAUGGGAGUAUGGAUAACCAUGUCUCUAUGAUCAAUAGUGGCAAACAGAUUCCUAAUCCAAAGGAAACGCCUGGAUUUGAUCCUAAUCGAUUGAUGAGCUCUUGGACGCAUACAAACGUCUUCAACCCUGAGAAAUACAAUGUAGGUCAAAACUUCGUAUCAACGGAUGAGUGGAGAAGCUAUGCAAAACAACCUACUGGAUAUAAUGGUCUGAUGAACACGCUUAAUCAAAAACCGAUGGGAAGCAAUAAAAAUAAUGACAUUCGCCCGACCACCAUGCCAACCCAAAAGGAUAUAAACAUUUCUCUUAAGCCUUUCCGAUCACAACAAUCGAUGCAGAACAUGAUCCAAGGUUCAGCAUUGACUGCAAAAAUGAAUUUUAUUCCGAACAACAUGAUAUUACCCAUGGCAAAUUCGCAGAUGCCAAAAAUGAAUAUAAAGUUUACCUUUGAUCCCGAUAGAUUGAAUUCAUUUAAGGGGACCUUUCAUCCUGGACAGUUUGCACCUGUUUCUAACACCAAUAGAGCACAUUCACUCAAAUUUGAUGCUGAUACAGUGAAUCAACAUUUAAUGGGAUUUGCAGAGGAUGCACCCGCUAGACAAAAUCAGCCUGCUCAUAUAGGAAAGGACAACGAUCGCCAAAGGCAUUUUGCUAUUCCAAAAUAUAAUGCAGAUUCAUUUAACACUGCAGCCAUGAAUUUUAGACCGGACAUUUUCUUAGGUCCCUUAUCGCAAUAUUUCAGCAAAAAACCUCAACAUGAGACCAACAGGGACGCUUUAGGAAAAGCACUACUUAAGAAUUCGGAUGGAAAAAGGGAUUUGCAAAAUGACAUCAAAGAGGAUCAGAAUAUACCUUCCAGAAAUGUAUCCUCCCACAAUGUGACCAUUCAUCAGACAACAGCCUCCGCCUCUACACCAGACAGAAUGACAGGUGUCACGGCUACACCAGAUACACCAAAGACUACAUCCCUUGAAAACAUUGGUGGGUUCAAUCCUGAUGAGGCAAACAGACCAAUUAUGUACAACCCGGGUAUGUCACCAGGGAUGAGUUUUGGGUCAUUUCAAAAUUUUCAGUACAAUCCUCAACAGCAGAACAUUGACUCAAAUUCCACCGGAGGACAAUCGGGUUUUACCAGCAUUGGCUUCAAUCCAUCAGAGGUGAAUACCGCGAAAAUGAGUUUUGACGUCAACUCCCAAUUAGGAAUUGGAGGAGGAUCAACUCAUUUUAGUGGGCAAUCUUUUUCUGGAGGAUACGAUCCAGUAAAAACAAACUUGAUGGCUAUUCAAAAUCCGUUUUCUUCUACGAAUGACAGCAAAGGAUCAUCAUUCACUGCCGGUACUGUGUCUGGAUUUCAGUCUGCUUUCAUCGGUAGUUUUAAUCCCAACAGUGUCAAUCAAGGCAUGAUGCAAAAUCUGUUAAACCCCCAGACUAAAGAUAAUAGCUCAAGUAGUGGAUAUUAUUUCGGUAUGAGCAUGAAUGGCUUUGGUGGAUCAGGCUAUGGAGGGAACUUUGAUCCGUCGUCGGUUAACAAUGCAGUUUUCAAUCCAAAUGAGGUAAACAAGGUAAAAAUGCAUUUUGAUCCGAGUGCAAUGCUGGAAAAAAAUCCAGGUUACGACACCGACAAAGCAUUAGCGUACAAGUUUGAUCCUAGUAACAUUAAUAACAUGCAGAUGAAUUUUCAACCAUCUUAUCUGCAAAAUAAUAAACAGGGAUCUGGAAACGAAACCGUGAUAUUCAAACCAAAACUUCACACGGGUGCUAAGUUUGUCCCUGGAUUACUUGGGGGCGGAGGGAAUAAUGGAAUCCCAAUGUUUAAUCCAGCCUCGGUGAACAAUGCUCAUAUGAAUUUCUCCCCGGUCGGAAUAAAUAAUCUUCCGACUAAUCCAGUAAAUAUCACCAAUGGAAACAAUACCACCGACUCACCAAAAGACACAACUCUCUUCAACCCUAACAAGGUCAACGAUGUCAAAAUGAAUUUCCAGCCUGAUGGAAUUGUGAAUCCAGGUACCUCACGAAAAGCAGUUCAGAUUGGGACGAUUUUUACUCCCGGCCUGCUAACAGGCGGGAAAUUAUUACCAGAAAGUAACAAAGAAAGAGAGACAAGGGACAGAUCAAGGCUCUUAUUGAACAACCCAUAAUCGCUGUGCCGUUUGUUUUAAUAAAGUUACCUAGAAUUCA